AUGCAUUGGGAAACAUCACCUGUUGAUAGUACAAAUCUUGAGGGAGUUCACAAAAAAUUGAAAGAAAAAUUGACGGGGAAGAAAUUUCUUCUUGUUUUGGAUGACAAUUGGAACGAAAACAAAUCCAAAUGGGAACAAGUGCAGAAAGCUCUUGAGUUUGGGGCCCCAGGAAGUAGGCUUCUUGUCACUACACGAAGCGAGAAAGUUGUUGUUACCAUGCGAUCAGAAAAGCAUCUCCUGCAAGUACUAAGAAAAGAUUAUUGUUGGGACUUGUUCGAAAAACAUGCAUUCCAAAGUGCUAAUUCUCAACUAGAUCCAGAUUUCAUGGAGAUUGGUAAGAAGAUAGUUGAGAAAUGUAAUGGGCUUCCUUUAGCCUUGAAAACAAUGGGAAGUCUAUUAUACAAUAAGCCAUCCCUUCGCGAAUGGGAAAGCAUUAUGAAAAGUGAGAUGUGGGAUUUUUCAGAAAAUGAAAGUGAUAUACUCCCUGCUUUAAGAUUGAGUUAUCUCCACCUUCCUCCUCAUCUAAAGAAAUGUUUUGCUUUUUGUGGCUUGUUUCCCAAAGGUCAUAGGUUUGACAGGGACUUGUUAAUUCAACUGUGGAUGGCUGAAAAUUUUCUGGAAAGCUCUUCGAGUCCUAAAGAAGUUGGUGAACAGUAUUUCAACGACCUAUUAUCACGGUCUUUCUUUCAACAAUCAAACGAGGAAGAGGAAAAUGCUUUUAUCAUGCAUGACCUUCUUCUUGAUUUAGCAAAAUACCUUUGUCAAGACAGUUGCAUCAGGUUAGGAGUCGAUGAACCACAAGGAGUACACAAAAGAACUCGUCAUUUUUCAUUUGCAACCGAUCAAAUUCGAACUUUUGAUGGGUUUGGAAAUUUCAUUGACUCUCGAAAGUUGCAUACAUUUGUUCAAACAAGUUGGACCGGGUAUCCUCGUGUUAUGCUCUAUUGGCGUUGCAAGAUAUCGUUAGAUGACUUGUUUUCAAAAUUCAAGUACAUACGCGUCUUAUCACUGAAUGUCUUUCGUAUCCUUACAGAGGUGCCUAAAUCUAUUGGAAAUCUUAAGCAUCUUCGUUCGUUAGAUCUCUCUUAUACUGAAAUAGAAGAACUACCCGACUCUAUAGGUUUACUCUACAAGUUGCAAAUACUGAAGCUAAACCAUUGUAAAAGUUUAACGGAGCUUCCCUCAUGUUUGCUUCAACUCGACAAAUUGUGUUUCCUAGAACUAUUAAAUACUGAAGUGAAGAAUGUGCAUAUUUUGGGAGAGCUGAAGAAUCUCCAAGUAUUGAUGAAUUCGUUUUGUGUUGACAUACAUGAGGAACUCAGUAUUCAACAAUUGGGACAAAUCAAUCUUCACGGAAGUUUAUCCAUUAGUGGGCUGCAAAGUAUUGAGGAUCCCUCUCAUGCAUCAGAAGCAUACCUGAAGAACAAACCACACAUUGUGGAGUUAGAGUUCAAUUGGAAUUGGAGUUGCAGCUCCUCUGUUGAUUCAAGUGACAGUUCCUCUGAUGAUUCAACAAAAGAUGAGGAUGUAAUUGAGAAUCUACAACCCUCAAAACACUUGAAGAAGUUGUCAAUAAGGAGCUACAUGGGUGAACAUUUUCCAAAUUGGUUAUUUGAUAAUUCAUUACCAAAUCUGGUGUCCUUAGUGUUGAAGGAAUGUGAAUAUUGCAAACGUUUACCUCCCCUUGGACUUUUGCCAUCUCUUAAGGACUUGAGAAUUGAAAAACUUCAUGGGAUAGUGAGCAUUGAUGCUGAUUUUUAUGGGAACAAUUCUUCUUCCUUUAAAUCCCUUGAGAAAUUAUAUUUCUUCGAUAUGAAAGAAUGGGAGAAAUGGGAAUGUAAAGUUGUGACAGGUGCUUUUCCACGUCUACAAAAGUUAUCCAUAAAGGGUUGUCCCAAGCUGAAAGGACAGCUGCCAGAGCUACUUGUUCCUUUGGAAAAACUAUGCAUUAGAUACUGCCAAAAACUUGAGGCUUUCGCUCCCAGGGCUCUAGAUAUAAAACUGGAAGAAAGUGCAAAGGUGUUGCUUGAUUGGGCUACAGUGAAAAGCCUCCUAUUGGCUGGGGACAUCAUGGAAGCAUCAUUCUUGGAUAUGGUUCGGGAUAACAUACCCGACAAUUCUAUUCAACAUUUGAAGAUUUAUGGAUCCAGUUUUAGGCCUUCUCCAAAUAUUGGUCUGUGGACCUUUCCACUACAUUUCUUCCCGACACUAAAGACGCUUGUUCUCUGGCGGUUAAAAAGUUUACAGAUGAUUUCUCAAAAUCACGCACUGGAGUGUCUGGAUAUCGGUUGGUGCCCUAAAAUUGAAUCAUUGCCUGAAAACAAGGAUAUGCUCAAGAGUUUAUACAUUAGUGAUUGUCCAAGACUUGAGCCUUUCACUGAGGGAGGUUUGCCAUCAAAUCUAAAAGAGAUGACACUCAGUAAUUGCCCUAGACUUGUUGGCUCACUGAAAGGAACUUUCGGAGACAAUCCGUCUUUGAAAACGUUACAUAUUGAACAUCUGGAUGCCGAAUGUUUUCCUGACGAAGGUUUGCUUCCACUCUCUCUUACUGAACUAGGCAUCCGUAAUUUUCCAAAUCUACAAGAACUGGACUACACGGUUCUCAAUCAACUCUCAUCUCUUAAAAGUCUAACCCUUUGGAACUGCCCCAAGCUUCAACGCUUACCAGAGGAGGGUCUUCCUAAAUCAAUUUCAGAUCUUUGUAUAUAUUUAUGUUUAUCGUUGGAAGACCGUAUCAGGGAAGGAGGUGAAGACUGGGAAAAGGUUGCUCACAUUCCGAGACUAAGGAUCUAGUACCUGUCACUUUAAAUUUUUCCUCCAAAUUUUUUUUCUGAACGCCUUAACUUAUCCAGAACUUUCUAUGGAGGAUGUGAUUAAGUAGUAGAAUGAGGUUAUUGAACAGUACAACAACGUUGUUCACCAAGAAGAUGAUGAAGUUGUUAGAGAUCUUGUUGUUUUCAAUU